UGGGACUAACUGCAGGCUCACACCACAAUGCCUGGCUAAUUUUUAAAUUUUUGGUAAAGACAGAGGUCCACCUAUGUUGCCCAGUACUGGUCUCAAACUCCUGCUCAAGCCACCCACCCACCUCAGCCUUCCAAAGUGUUGGGAUUACAGGCAUGAGCCACUUCACCCAGCUGAAGUUGUAAAUCUUUGUUGCACUUAUUUAAACUGAUGUGACAGAAGAGGCCUGAACAGUUUACUUCAGUGUAACGAAUAAUACUUCAGUGUAAUGAGUAAUACUUCUUUGCUUAACCUACCUUGGAUAAGUGAAGUACUAAAAACAAAACAAAAGUGAAGCAUUAAAGAAUUACAUCUGCAAAGGAAGUAUUAAUUAAUUACACCUUCAAAGGAAGAGUACUCUAAAUCCAAGGUAUUGUUAACAUUUUUCAUUACUAGUCCAGACUAUCCUACUUGUGACUAAAAUUGUACUUCUCAAUAAGCUUCCAGGCCUACCCACUAGACUUUGAAGGAGAAUGGGCAGUACUGUACUUACAUCUGCCUCUGCCCCACCCUUAAUUCUGACAUCAGAAAGGACAUCACAAGUAGCUCCUUGAAAUCACCGUAGACAGGGUGAAAAGGAAAUUCAACAGGAGGUUAUUCCAAAGACACUUUAAUUUUCAGCAUAUCAAUAGAUUGUUGAAGGGGAAUGGUGCCAAUGGACCCUGCUAACAAAAAGAAAUAUAAAAUAUGUUCUAUUUUAAGAAAAAAAUCAGGCCCAUAAAAGACAAGUCAUCAUACAUUCUACAUAGUUGCAAUGGGAUAUAUUUAGAUCAAAAAAAUUAUUUGACAUUUCUCCGAAAUUCAAAUUAAAUUGGGCAUCUAAUGUUUUUAUUUGCUAAACCUGUCAACCCUAUCUAUAUUCAUUCUAAGAAAGGACUAUAUUUUUCUGACCACAAAGAAGCAUAAAAUACACUAUUCCUGAUGUUAAUAGAAAUGGUUAUGUCAAAUGCUUUCUACCAAUCCAGAUUUAAUCUAUGUUUAUAAUAGGGCAGUGACAAUCCAUGAUAGAAUUAGGUUGCUUUCUAUGAAGUUAAGAGAAGGUAACUUUUUGAAUUUUAGUAAAAAACUACUUAUACAGUGUACAUAUCUUACCUAUGAACUUUCAUUAUUGCUAAAGUUGAUAUGAGCUCAGUUAAAUACCCACUAUGACACGUACCUCACUUAACUUAGGCCCAGAGCAGUCACUGCCACACUUGAUAAGACACCAAGAAGCACUGGCCAAAUGUUGCACAUGGUUAUGAGUUGGGCAUACCAACUUUUUAUAAUUCAGGGCCUCUGAAAUCAAGGACUUCUGAAUGAGACACAAGUCUCAAUAUUACAUUAAAAUGUCAAAGCAAUAUUAUUCCUUUAAAAAAGGGGUAGGGGGUGAACUGGAAGAUAACACAUUUGUGACAUUAUGGGAAUUUCUAGAGUCCUGGAUUAUUCAAAAUGAUUGGAUGGCAAUUUUCUUUAUAAUUUUACUAGGAAUUAUUUUUGAAAUAAUACUCAUGAAAGUUUGUGCAUCCUUUUGGAAGAAGUCCGCACUUCCUGAAAAGGGUAGUUCAGAUGUCUGGGAGAGGGAAGACAGUUGCUCGAAAAGCAGGAAAUUUGCUCCAGAGAAUUGGUCAGUUAUUAAUCCAUCUUCAGGAGAAAGAGUUGGCACCUUUUCAGAAAAAAGAAUUACUUCAUCACUUACAUCUGAAGAAAAGGAAUGUAACUUUGAAGAAAGAAUUUUAUUCUCACAUGAAAUAAUAUGGUCAGGUACUAGUGAAAGUGAAGAUCAAGUAAGUCACUCUAGUGGAAGUCAUGUGCCAUCUUCAAAUGGAAUCAGCUCAUCUUUGCCAUUGUUUUAUUCAGAAGUAGAGGAAAUGUGUCUAAGCCAUACAGAGCAUCCAGACAGUGAAUAUGAAACAAUACAAUUUUCCUCCAAGAAAUUAUUUUCAAUGAUGAAAACCAACAAAAACAAAAAUUCAGAAUUUUCUUCUGAUCUUAGCUUUUCAGCCUCUAGAUUAGCUGUAGAAAUUGAAGAUCUAGAUGUGGCACCUUGCCCUCUUGCCCACUUAUUUCUUUCUAGAGAUCAAGUUAGACUUCUGGAAGAAAAUGUGAGAAAUCAAAUUCCUUCAAAACCUAAAACUAAGUUAGGGAUUAGAACUACUUAUCAAUGCUCAAGAUCUCAAGAACCCUUGAAUCAGAAUCAACCUUCUGUUGGAAUGGUUAUUUCUGUCCAAGCACAGGAUUCUUUUCCAGGACAAAAUGCUUUUCAGAAUCAAUGUCUUUAUGAAGCCCAGUUUACUAGUCAAACCCAAUAUAUAAAUCAUAACCAAGAAUCAAUUAACAGCCAGCCUGAUAGCAAAGCCAGCAACUUUGCCCAACCUGAAGAUGUGAUGAGGAAGCCAUUUUCUAGCAGCACACAAGACUCCUUCCAGUCCCAAGAUUUGGAUAGGAACCAACAUUUUGUUAAAAUUCCAUCAAUUGUUGAGGCACAAUAUUCAGUAAAGGGCCUGGAGUCUGAUGAGCACUUAGGUGAGGAUCAGCAUUCUGUUUGGUUUAUAAAUUCAGACAAGAUUAAAUAUUCAAUUAAGGGGCAAGACACUAUUUUUAAGAAUGCUGAAUUUCUAGUUUUAACUCUGAAUCCAAAUUUAGUUACCGAAGAUAUGCCACAACUAAGGAGUGUAAAACCACAAGGCCAGCAACAAAUUGUUUCACCAGAAUUAAACCAGGACUCUGUACAUAGCUCAGUGCCUCUUUUGUCUACCAUUAAAGGGCAGAAAAAUAGAAGAAAAACACCAGACAGUAAAAGCAAACUCAGUCUUAACAUUCCAUCUCUAAAAGCCAAAAAAACACCAACUUCACAAGUAUUUCAAAUCACAGUAUGUCACACGUUAAAAAAUAGGAAUGAGUUAGGAUGCAAGAAUAACACUGAGAAGAAAGAAUUACAUGAAAGGAAAGAUAUAUCAGAUAUAGCUUUGCAUCUUAUUUCUAUUUCCAAGCUUAUUCUGCCUUAUGUUAAAAAUUAUUCCAGAAAACAACUACUGAAAGUCAUGCUGAGUUUAAUAAAAUGUGGACAUUUUCUGCAGAAGCAAAAUAAGUCACCAGAUACAGAGAAAAUCAGUUAUGCAUGUCCUCUUGAGGAGACAGGAAUCUCAGGUAUUACUAAAAAGGAAAAGGAGUAUGACAAAGGAAACAAAGGACUAAAAAAUAUUUCACCAAAAAUGUUACCUCAGCUAGAACAAUCCUUCAUGGUCAACACUGUUCAACUAAAAGCACCUUGUUUACUAGUAGAAACAAAUGGGAAGAGUAAAGAAUCUCUUAAAGACUCAAUUACUCAAGCAAAGGGAAUUGGUAUUACAGAAUUUCAUGCUCCAAAUAGUAAAAAACCAUUUGAUCUGCAUAUUCCAAAGCACAAGACAUCUUUAGAAAAAGCCAUAUCAAAACCUAUGCAGAAACUUGUUUUCUCUCCUGAAAUGGAAUCAAACAAUAGAAUGAAAAUACAGGAGGACAUACAAAGUUCAGAGAAUUCCUGUCUUCAACUUUCAAAUGGAGAGGAGUUACCAACCAGUACACCAAAAAUGCGAAGGUGCUUUCCAAGGGAAAAUACACAGAAACAAAACGAUUUUUUGGAACUUGUUCUGGAGUUGUCAAAUGUCCAUUUGGUCAUUUCCCUAGGAAGCAAAAUGCAUAAAAGCAGUGAAGAAUUAGAAGCCAUAAAAAUUCAAGUGAGUGCAGAAAGUGUAAAUCUGAAGGAGAGUACACCAUUGAUACUUAACGUUACAGAAGACAGUGACCUACGUGAAAGUGAGGAACUAGAAUGCAACACUGGAAGUAACAUAACAAAUAUGCACCAAGAUAAAGAAACGUCUGAUGCAUUUCACAGUGCCGCUUACACUAACAUUUCUCGACUACCUGAUACAGAAACACAUAGCAGAUUAAAAGCCAAGGCAGAUACAUUAAGAAUAAUAAGGCUCAGUCAUUCAGCAUCAAAGCAAGAGAAAUUACCAGAUAAGAAGGAAACACAGAAUGCAGAAUACAUUGAAAAGAACUCUACAUUUAAAAAGCCACAAAAAUGUGAUAGAAAGGAACAGGAGAAAGAAGCAAAUUCAGAGCUGACACAAGGCUUCAGGUUCAGCGUAAAUCUAAAGCAAAAGCCCGAAUACAUAAAAUUUGAAAUGGAACGGAUCAGUUCAGGAAGUAGUAAAGUCCCAAAUAAAGAGCAAGAGGUCCAACUACAAAAUCUUUCUACGCAAACUAUUUUGGAGACUAGUCCAUGCCCGAUGAUGGAACUAUUUCAAGUUGAGAAGGUGAAGCAAAGCACAGAUAGACCUGCAGACAGAGAGGGUGCCAGAGAUCCAAAGAAUCCACUUACAAUACCAGAGAACUUGCCAGUUGGUGAACUUUUAAUUGAUACAACAGAGCAUAGUGUCCCAUUUGGUGGCAACCUCCAAAAGACAAUAGAUAGUCAUAUUGUAGAAGAAAAGGAAGAUGUAAAAAGAUAUUUACCUGCAGUUGCCCUGGGGUCUUUCAAUAACCACUUGCUUACUUUACCAUAUUUUAAAAGGCAGGAAAUCAAAAAAAAAUUAUCAGAAACAAAAAGUGUACUCAGUGUCAAAUAUGUAAUUAUGAAAGUAAAGAAACCAGCAAUCUCAAUGAUGCCUUAUAGUAAUAUAUGUGGUACUCCAAACCACAUAAAAAAAAUAGGAGACAAUUUUGAAAUUAUAAUUAAACAGAUACUGCAAGAUAAAAUUGUGGCAGGUAUGCUUCUGAAUGUUAUUUACCCUCACAUGUCUAUUUUGCCUAAUACUAGAAUGCAUAGCAGAUUAAAUGCAGAGAAUCACAGUCAUAUCAAGCUAGUCCAAGAGGAAUCCCAGAUUGAAAGGGAAGAAAAGUAUCCAUAUUUCAUUAAUAAGGGAAAUGAAUCCCAAAACAUACUAGAUGCUAAAUUGCAAGAUGAAGUAAAAGGUGUUAAAGAAACUCUAUCAAAAGCAGUCCUGCAUGAUAGCUGGAACCUUGGACUUGAUGCACAUCUAGCUAAGGAGACUAAAACAGAGAAAGAAAUGCAUCAACCAAUCCCAUUCACAGAAACUAUUAUGAAGUCUGUUGUGUCUCCCAUAAUGGAACCAUCUCAUGUUGAGAAUGUGAAGAGUACUCAAACAACACAAACAGACUGCAAAUGCACUGCAGAUUCAGAGAUGCCUUCUCCAAUAUCAGGAAAAUCACUGAUUGGAGACCCUUUAAACCAAACAAGAGAAAAUGAUGUUUCAAGUAAUGGAAGUGAUACAAGAGAAAUGGGUUACUGUUUUGCAGAAAAAAAGAUAGAAAUACCAAAAGAUUUACCAGCAACUUCGCUAGAGUCUUUCAAUUACUGCAUGCCUGUUUUAUCUUGUUCUAAAGUGAUGAAAAAGAGAGUAACAUUUUCUCUCCCAACAAGCACAGUGAAGGCCAAAUGUGUAAAUACAAAGGCUGUGAAGCCAUCAAUCUCAGAGACAGGGAGUGUCACAAGCCACAGAAAGAAAUCUGAAUUAGACUUUAAGACUAAGUUUAAAAAGUUAAAUCAAACUAAAGGAUUUGUACCUGAAUGUGUAAAUACCCUUUGCUCUCCAAUGCAUAGCAGAUUGCAGACAGAGUUCUGUCUCCCUGUGUCUCAAUUAAAGCAAGGAGAAACAGCAGAUAAGACAUACAUUGAUGUCUUUGCUAAGAGUAGUAUAUCCCAUGACAGAGAGGAAAAAUUGCAAGAUAGAGAGGAAGAGGAACAGAAAGUUUUAUUAGAAGCAGCGCCACAGCUGAGCCAGCAGCUGGGGUCUGAUGCGGCUCAAAUGAAGGAAAUCCAUCUUGAAUCAGACCCAGUGCUGAACUGUUUAACAAUGGAGCUACCUGUUAAUGGACAACGUAUGCAGCACCAAACAGGUUUUAAACAAACUACUUCAGAGAUUAGUCUCCAAAUGGGUCCUUCAGAAGCUGAAGAACUACCAAAAGUCAACAAAACAGAAAAUGACAUAAAAGUCCCUGUGGGUCCUAAGAUUCCACCUCCCAAAGCUUUAUGGACUCUGGAGAAUAGCCAUGGCUUCAUACUCAAUGCAUAUCAGAAGGAUAAUGAGCUUGUCAAAUCAGAUGAGGAACUGAAGCAACCAGGAAAUACAAAUAUUCAGGUACAACCACAAAAACCUUUUACACAAACUAUUUUGGAGUCUACUUCAUGCCCUACACUGGAUCAAUUUCAAUUUGAAAAGGUAGAGAGUUAUGUUAGGUUUUCACCUCCAAAGUCUGGGGAAGCAAAGGUUGAUGAAAUCAUAUUUUAUGCAAAAGAAGGUGGUAUCUCAUCUGAUUCUAGCCAUCAAAAGGAACAAGCUGCUGGUAGUGAAAAGAAAGAGACAGUGAUUUUUGAUUCCUGCUUGCCUGCUUUAUCUACACCUAAAAGGAAGAGAAACUUAAAACAAUUUUCAGACAUGAAAACUUUAGUGAAUCCCAAAUGUGGAAUUAUAAAAGCAAAGAAGCCAUCAAUUUCAUACAUGCUCAGUAUCAAGGCUGGUGCUGGUCCAAACCGUAGAAAAGAACUGAGCUGUAACUCGACAACCAAAAUGAAAGAAGUGCAUCAAGGCAAAAAGGGAGCAGAUGAAACAUAUGCUUUCCUGACUAUGACACCUGACAUUAACAAGUAUGGCAAGGUAGAAACAGAGAAAGACAUGCUAAGAGAAAAAAGACUAAGUUCUACUCAAGUAAAGCAAGAUACAUCUCCACAUGAAGAUAGUAUUACUUCACAUGGCAUUAAAGAAACCUGUCUUCAAGAUGAAGAGCAAGAAGAAAGGGAACCAGAGGCAUUGUUAAAAGUAAUUCCACAGCACUUGCAACAUUUCAUAUUCCGUUCAGGUCAGGGGAAGGAUCUUGACUUUCACAAAUUAGAAAACCAAGGAAGAAGGAAAAUUCUGUUUGUUACCAAACAAGAUGUCCCACAGCAACUUCAGCCUGCAGAGCCAAUACAAGGAGAGGAGACAAAGAAAUGCCUCUGGAUUCAAAAUGGCACAGUAUGUACAUUAAAUUCAAAACUUCUUCCUCUAAAAUCAGAGGACCCACUAAACAGUGAAGUUUUAAUUGGUGCAAUAAAACGUGGUGUACCAACUGAUAGGAAAGGUGUGGGGGAACAGCACAAUUCGGGUAAAGGGGAAAAGGCAGAGUUUAAUAAAGAUCUACAAGCAACCAUCCUGGAGUUACAGAAAUCACCACAUGGUGGGGAGGCACAGAAGGUCAAUUUGACUGAUAUGGAAAGCGAAUCUAGCAAUGCAAUGAACAUGAAUGUACAACAUGAAAGGGAAGAUAAAAAUAUUCAAAAAAUGUUACCAGAAUCAGUUCCAUGCUACAGUCAACACCUCAGUUUCAGUACACAUCAAAUGAAAGAUCCUGACCCUUGCAAAUCAGGAUCUGAACCAAAGAGUCCUGAAGGCAGAAGUUCUUGGAAUUUGUCUCAUAUAGUGCAAAAAACAGAGCAAGAAACACACUUUAGAGAAACUGUUUUAGAGCCUAUUUCUGGUUACAUGAUGAAACAAAGUCCUCAUAUGCAAGAAGGAAUAAAAUGUGUGGUAGGUCUAAAGACUUCAUUUCCCAAAACAGGGAAAUCAGAGAUUGGUUCAAUACCACAUGAUACCCCUUGGGAUGAAAAUCCUAGAAGGAAAUGGGAUAGUUCUAUUUCAGAGAAAACUACAUGGAAUCCAAAAAACUUACGAACAGUCUUAAAACCUUUAGAUUUCUCCAGUCUCAUGUCAUCUGAAUAUGAAAGUCGGAGCUAUACAUUAGAGUUUAUAGGCAAGAAAAGUAUAACGAGUCCCAAACAUGUAACUUUGAAGACAAAGCAACUACCAAUUUCGCAGUUGUUUAAUAUCAUAAGACAUUCUACAGAAAACCACAGAAAGAAAAAACAGCACCGCUUUAAGUACAAGAUGAAAGGGAGGCAAUGGUACACAAGUAUAGGAGAGGCAUUACUCAGUGCCACUGAAUAUGCUAAGAGUCCACCAUCCAAAUCAAUGAUUGAUAAACUCUUAUUCAAUACAGCAGCAAGGGGCACUCUGUCUAACAGAACACACCAACAAAAUGUGGAUGGUCAUACUACAGAGGAAAAGGAAGAGGUACAAGAAAAUGUAGCUGCAAGUUCCUUGGGUCCUUUAGAUUUCUUUAUGCCUGUUUCAUCUGACUCUAAAAACCAGACAAACACAAUACAGUUAUCAGAAAGGAAAACUAUAUUGAAUCCCAAAUGUUUAACCAGGAAGAAAAAGAAAUCACCAAUUUCACAGAUACAUAAAACCAAUAGACACUUUACUACAAAACAUAGGAAGAAACUUGAAUCCAAUUUAAAAACCAAACUGAAAGCAAUGUGGCAAGGUGAAAAUGUGACUGAUACAUUUCCAAAUACCAUUUUCUUCACUCCAGAUACCUCUGACAUUAAAAGGCAAAGCAGAUUCCAAACAGAGAUAGACAAGAGAAUAUCAGGGUUAAGUCAUACACAACCAACACAAAUAGAGUCACUAGCUGAAGGGAUAGCAAGGUGUUCUGACAAGAGAAGGACUUCCAACUUGGUAAAGGGAACAAAACUACAUGAUAGAGAAAGUGGGGAAAAGAAGCAAGAACAUCUUACAGAAAUGGAUCCAUUCUAUGCAGAAAACUUCAUGGCAAAUACACAUCUUAGAAAGGAUCCUCAUCUUGGUAAAUCAGAAGAUGUGCUUUUGGGAAAACCUUUUAUCUCAAAAAGUCAGUUUUACAAAGGGAAUUCAGAAAAAAAUGUAAAAAUAGAAAAAAACAAAAAUGGAAAAGAAAGUCUCAAAGUUGGGCUCCCAAGGAUGGAGAAAUCAGAUAAUUGUGCAGAACUCAGUGAGGCAACAGAUGAUGCCAUAUCAAAUAAAUAUGAUAAAGAGAACAUCGGCCAUUCUGUUUUCAAAGAAAAAGCUUUCUGUAAUUUGGCAGCAAUUGUCCCAGAUUCUGUUGGCAGGCAUUCGCCUGCUUCAGAAGAAAUUAAAAGACAGAAUGGCAGCCUUAAAAUAGCUGACAGGUCAAGUCCCCAAGGUAGACCUUUGCAGGCAAAGCAAUCAGCAGUUUCACAAUCACUUAAUACUGCAGGUUAUGCUAUUGUAAACAUUAAUAAGGAACAGAAACAGAACUUUAAAGCCCAGAAGACAGAAGUAGAGAGAAAUAAAGUUGCAUUAAAUGCCCAGCUAAAAUCUAUAUAUGUUUCUAUACCUCGUCUACUAUGCGUAAAUAUGGAGCAAUCACCUAGUACCUGGGAUAUAUAUGAACAAUCUUCUGAAACAAGAAAUUCCCUAAACAAAGCAAAAGUGAGGGAGAAGGAAGGGUAUGGACAACAGGUUUUGUUUCAAACAGCUCCACAGGAUAUCCAGCCAUCUGAGUUUGGAGCAAAUCAAAUGAGAGAGCCUGGUCCUUUCAAAACAGAAGCAUCUUUAAUCAAUACAGUGUGUUCUAGGAACAUCACUCCCGAGAAAACAGAAGCUGAUUUAAUAGAUGAAGAAGCAAAGAUAAAUGUUGCAGAAGAGUUUAAUCAAGAAUCUGUUUUUUUCUCUAAUAUACAUCUACUUCAAAUUGAAAACAAGAAAGAAUCUAAAACUGCAGACUGGAAAACAAGGGCAGAUCCCAAGACACUUGCCCUGCAAAAGAAACAGCAAGAGCUGUAUGUCUCAGGAACUCUCUGGAGUUAUCCUAAUCCCUACACAUCUAUUUUUCCUAAAAUCAUAAGACAUAAAGAUAAGGCAAAGACAGCUGAUGUGGAAAGUACUAUGCAUACCAAACAGAUAAAAUUGAAGGUGAAGAGAAUACCAGUUUCCCAGCUGCUUGAAUAUGGUACUGCAAGCAAUAAAAAAGAACUGAGAGGUAACAUCCAGCAGCAGAAGUCAUUCCAGCUGAGUAAAAAUGCAGUACAUCGAGUUCUAAAGGCUGUUUAUGACUCUGGAUACUAUGUGUCUAGCAUUAAAAAGCUUACAAAAGUAAAAAUGGAGAAAGACGAGUCAAAAGACAGGGCAUGCAUUCUUCCACAGCCAAAGCUGGAGAAACCGCUACAAGAAAUGCAAAGGUCAUUGUCGGGAUGUACUGAUAUGUCCAACAUUCUCAGAAAACAGGAACAAGAUAUUAGAGAAAAGGAACAAAAACACCAAAGCAUUUCAGAAGAUAUAUCCCAAUACUAUAUUGGACCGUUAAGGAUUAGUUCACAACAAAUCAAUUACAGUAGUUUUGACACCCCACGAGUUAGAACAGAUGAAGAACUUGAAUUCUUCAUUGCACAAAGAACAAAGGAAAAAGAUGUGGGCAUUGCCAAACAUUCAGUUUCAAUUCCAUGGGAGAGAGAAGAAUCAAAGAGACUAGAUAUUCCACUAAACUCAAAAGGACAGAAUAUAUUUUUUACAGAGUUGGAUACUUCUCAACAAAAGACUUGCCAGGAGCAAGAAUUGCUGAAACAAGAAGAUAUUUCUAUGAUAAACCUGGAAUCUAUGGCCUGCCCCAUUAUGGAACCUCUUCAUUUGGAAAACACAGGAAAGGUAGCUGAGGAAGAGGAUGUGUACAUUAACAGAAAAAAUAGUUCACAUGUACUGGGAAGAGAAGGAUUAAAGGAAACUGCUAUCUUUGUAGGUUCUAAAGGACAGAAAUUUCUUUAUAUGAAUUCAGAGGUCCAGAACAAAGUGCCUGCAGUGCAGAAAGAACAGGUGAAUCCAGAUCAUGUUCCUGAAAGUAUUCUGGAUUCUGAAUCUUUCCUCAAUAAAGACCCUCUUCACUUAAAACAGACAGUGAAUACAACAAGAAAAGAAAACGUUACCAUCUCUGAAAGUUUCAAUGAAAAUCUCUGGGGGAAAGAGCAAUCAAAGUUGGAUAUUACAUUAAAAUCAAAUAGACAGAAAAUGGACUUUUCAAAAAAAUUGAGGAUGAAGCAUCUAAGUAAUUGUUAUCAGAAUAAAGAGAAUAUUCUGGAAUCCAUUUUCCCUUGCAUAUUACAUCACCUUCAUAUUGAAAAUCCCAAGAAAGAAGACUCAGCAGAAGAAAUCAUGAGUUCAAAAGUUUUAAGCCCAAUGGUAGAAAAAGCAUCACACAAAGUAGGUAUUCUGGUGGAUCAACCUCCAUGUUCAGAAGGAAUAAAUCUGCAUAUUAAAAGAAGAAAAGAACAUCUACAAGAAAGUACACACGAAGCUUUUCCAGCAUCUGUUUCUCACUCUCUAACGGACAUACUUCAGAUUAAAUCACCAAAGGUAAAGAAAGCAUUAAAGGCAGUUGAUAGUUUAGGGUACCACACUUCAAAUACAAAAGGAAUUGGCUUGCUUUUUCCAAGACAGGCAGAGGAGGAAGAAAAAUGUACAUACGACGCUCUUCCAAAGCCUGCAUCUCACUCCAAAACAGAUCUAUUUCAGUUCAAUGCAUCUAUGCAACAAGAGAAAUUAGAUGCUAUGGAUAUUCCGCAUUAUGACUAUUUAAUUUCACAGACUAGAGGAGCAGUAAAACAAAUGGAUGUCAUAGUUGGAUACACUCAGAACAGUAAAGAAAGACAAGCCUUACUCAAAACAGGCCAAAAAUGGCAGUACCUACCAAUUUCCUAUGAGAACUUUUGGGAGCAUAUAUCUUACCCUCAAAAGUAUCCUUGUCUCCUGCAACAUUUAAUGCCUCAGGAAAAGGAAACAUUAUCAGAAGGAGGUAAUUUAUCAAGCCGGACACCAGGACUAGACUUGUUUUCUGAAGAUCAACUAAGCACUAUUACUAAGAAUGGACUAGAAUGGAUUAUGCCCUUGAGUACUCCAAGGCAGAUGAAAAAACAAGAUACAACGCUGCUCUUAGGAUCAUACCAUAAAACUAUAAAAUAUCCAAGUCUCUUAUUUCCAAAAGGAAUGAAAUCAUCAGAUGGGGUACAGGUCUUUGAUUUAAUAUCAAAUAAUAGCUCACCCAAGUUAAGACUUGGGAAGAAGAUAGAAACACAUAAGGCAAAUGAAAAGGUACAAAAAGAAGUAUGUCUGCCUGUAACAUUACAUUCUCUUUCUGCAUCCAUGCCUGUUUUGCAAGAAAGUAAAGGACAGAAGGAUAGUAUAAAACAAGUUAUUAGGAAAGGCGUGAUAUGCCACAAAAGAAGAACUUCAAAACUGAAGAAAUCAGUAUUUUCACAUAUACUCAAUACCAGUGACUGUGGUGCCCCAAGUAACAGACUAGAAAUGCAGUGGAACGUGACAGAGAAAACGGUCAAUGUGAAACAUAGAAUGAGUGAACUAGAUUUGGUUGCAGCAAAAAUAUGUGAGUCUAUUCUUUCUUUACCUCACUUCAAAUUGAAUAAAGACACAAUUGAUGGGGUGAUUUCAAGUAAUGUUAAAAGGACAAAACAACAUAUAUCACAGGGAGAGAAGAAGGAUAGAGUGAAAGCAAUGGAUGUGAAAAGAAUAAAAAGCCCUAACAUCAUUUUGAAGCCAAGAAAGUCAUCACUGCCACAUAUACUCAGUAUAAAGGAAUUUCCUUUGCUGUUGGACAUUAUAAAACAAGAGGGCAAGAUGCAAGAAGGUAAAGGUAAAUCAAGUAUGAAACUGACAAACUUGUGUACUUCUUUACCAUCUCUAUCACAUAGUAAUUCAAAUUCAAGAACAAAAGCAGGUAAAGGUAAGUCAGGAAUUCUAAAGGGCUGCCUUCCACCACUAAAGCUCCAGGCAUCAUCAAAUGUCAGACUAGUAUCAUUUGCAGAGUCAGUUAAUAGAGAGAGUUUAAGUAAUGUAAUAGAAUCAAAAUGUUUUCCACAGAAAAAGAAGGCAGAUAGAGAAAAUAUAGUAGAUGUGAAAGACAUAAUGGGCCUCAUAUGUAUCACUUUGAAAGGAAAUAAAUCACCUUUUAAACAUUUACUGCAUGGAAAGGAACCACAAUGGAGCAAUAAAAAACUAGAGAAAAUUAUGCAGGAAGAUGAAAGUAAUCUAAAUGUAGUUCAGAAUAAACUCUGUGCUUCUAUUCUUUCUCCACUUCACUUGGAAUGGAAUCCCAGAAUAAAAGAGGUGUACAUGAGAAGAAUAACAAGAUUCUGUCUUUCAUUAUCAACACACCAGGAAUUAUCAGAUACAAUGGAAAAAUGUGAGCAGCCAAUUGAUGAUAGUUUAAGCAGUAUCAAAAAAGCAAAACAUAUGCCGCAGAAAGACAAAGACAGAGUGGAAAAAGCUUUGGAAAAAAACAUGCCUUCCAAAAGAAUGGCUCUGGAGGUGAAGCAGCCUUCAGUAUUCCAAGAAUUAGUGUUGAACAUCAAAGAAAAAGGGGGAAAGAUUCAGAAAGAUAAACAAGUUGAGAUUUGGAACAAACCUUUUGCCUCCAUCUCUUUUCCACCUUACUCUAAAGUGGGCACAAUUAAAGGAGAGGAAGCCAUGGAAAUAAAAAUGAGAUCCUCUUUUUCACAACCAAAUCUCCAAGAGUCAUCAGAUACAGAGAAAAUAGCAUAUGAAAAGUGCAUUUCUGAUAAUAUCUCAAACCGUGUAAAAAAGGCCCUAGAACCUAUACUGCAAAAAGAACAGGAGAGGCAAAACAUGGAAAAAAAUAGGCCUUUGAAGAAAAUGAAAUCAUCAGUUUCACAGGGAAUUCAGUUGGACAUCAAAGAGCAAGAGAAAAAGAUAGAACAUAUUAAAGGUGAAACAAGUGUGCUUCUGAUGAAUGCCUGCGCUAUCCCCUCUCCUUCUCAUUUACAACUGGAAACAAGGAGAGAAAAAGCAGAGCAUGUCACUGAAAUAACAAGAUACUGUCUUCCAGAACUAUCACACCAAAAAUCAUCAGAGGCAGGGGAAAAAGCAGAUGGACUGGCCAGUAAGGGUGAUAUCACAAUCGAAGUACAAAAGGCAAAAGAUUACAUGCAACAGAAAGAAAAGGAUGAAGUAAAAAUAUCGGCUAAGAAAGACAUAAUGCAUCCAGAAGACAAAGGUCUGAAAGGAAAGAAGACACCUUCACAAGACCUACCACUGAAUACUAAAGAGCCAGGGAAAAUGAAUCAAGAAGCUCAGGAGCAAGGGAAAGAGGACAGAGAAGGUGAGGAGCAAGGAAAAGAGGACAGAAGAGGUGCAGGACAAGAAAAGGUUGAUUGGGAAGACACAGAGCAAGGGAAAAUGGAUCACAAAGUUGAAGAGCAACAGAAAGCAGAUGGAGUAGGCAUAGAGCAAGGGAAAAUGCACGGAGACAAGAGUGAACAGGAAACAGUUCUGUUCCUAUAUUUGCCUUCCAAUUCUUCUCUAAUCCAUUAUAAGUUGGACACAAGAAUAGAAGGAGAGAGAGACCAACGAGGAAUAAUCAGACCUGGUAUUUCACAACUAAGGCCUCAGAAAUCAUCAGAGACCGGGAAAAAAGCAAAUGGAGUGCCUAGUGAGGGUGAUAUCAUAAGUGAAGCACAAAAAGCAAAAGAUUACAUGCAACAGAAAGAAGAGGAUGAAGUAAAAACAUCAGCUGAGAAAGACUUAAUGCAUCCAAAAGACAAAGAUCUGAAAGGAAAGAAGGCACUUUCACAGAACCUACUAUUGAAUCCUAAAGAGCCAGGGAAAAGGGAUGGGGAAAGCCAGGAGCAAGGGAAAGAAGACAGAGAAGGUGAGGAGCAAAGGAAAAGGGAUAGAGAAGUUGAAGGGCAACAGCAAGCAGAUGGAGUAAGCACAGAGCAAGGGAAAAGGGAUGGACACAAGAGUAAACAGGAAAUAGUUCUGUUCCCAUAUUUGCCGUCUGAGUCUUCUCUAACUCGUUAUGAAUUGAACACAAGAAAAGAAGGAGAGAAAGACUUACAAGGAAUAAUAAAAUCUGCUGCUUUGCAACUAAGGCAGCAGAAAUCAUUUGAUGCAGGGAAAAUAGCACAUACAAACUCAUUUGGGGUGGAUAGCUCAAAUGAUGUAAAAACAGUACAAGAAUACAAGCCACAGAAAGAAGCAGAUAGAGGAGAAAUAGUAAGUGUGGAUUAUAUAAUGCAACCUAAAGACCCAAUUUUUGAGGCAGAGCAAUUAUCACUUCCACACACACUCAAUAUUCCUGGCAGCAGUAGCUCCAAAACUAGAGCAGUACCAACAAACAUAAAAGAAAAAUUGAAACAUGUACAGGAAAGAAAAAGUGAGCUAGAUGAGUUUCUGACAAUACCUUCUCUACCUCACUGUAAAUUAGACAAAGGAACAGCAGGCAAAAAAGAGGAACAAGGAGUAACAAGAUCUUUUCUUCCACCCUCAUGGCACAUGGAAUCAUCAGAUACAGGGAAAUUAAAAUAUACUUUGUUGUAUUUGAAUGAUACCACAGGUGAUUCAAAAAGAAAAAAAUACAUGGCCCAGAUCCAAAAUGAUAAAGCAAAUAUUUCAGAGAAAAGUGUAAUGCAUCUCAAGUACAUAGCUGUGAAGGCAGAGAAAUCAUCCCUUUCCCAUAUACUAAAAACGAAGGAACUGCAGGUGACCAUCAGUAAACAAGGGGAAAAGUCACAAGAAAGUGAGGUGGAAAUAGUUGUGCUUCUGAACAAAACUUGUCCUUCUGUCACUUCUUCAGCUUUCCUUGAGUUAGACUCAAUAAAAGAAGAGGAAGGCGAACCAGGAAUAACAAGAAGCUUUAUGCAACCUCUUGAGAUCCAGGAAUCAUUGCCUUCAGGGCAAACAGCACCCACAAAGCCAACAGAGAGCCUUGUAAAGAAAGGGAAACAACUUCUCCCACAGAAGGAAGACGGAGUACAAACAGUAUCCAUGCAUGGCCUGACGCACCCCAGUGAUGCUGUUUUCAAGGCAAAGACAUCAGUACCUCCACUAGUGUUCAGCAUCACUGAGCACAGUCCUCUGAGCAAGAGAAAGGAGCCACAGUGGGGCAUGAAAGAGAGAGCAGGACAGAAGCGGGACAGGACAGGAUGUCCUCACAUGAUUCUGACAAAAAUUCAUCUGUUCAUGCCUUUUCUUUCUCACCAUAGAUUCUCUCCUUCACAACUAAAGCUUCCUAUAUCAUCAGGUGCAGGAAAAAGCAGACGUGCAAAUUCAAAUGAAGGUAUUAGCUCAAAUGAAGUAAUACUAAAAGCAAAUCAACAAAUGCCAUAUAAAGAGGUAAAGGACAGAGUAAAAAUAGAAGGCAGGGAAGGUAGAAUACUCCCCAAAAGGGUACAUUUGAAACCAGAGGCAUCCCCACUUGCACUUCUAUGCAAUAGAAAGAACUGCCCUUUGAAUAUUGAAGAGCAAGGGGAAGGAGUACAGGAAAGCAACAAGGAACCUGGAGUGGUUCCAAGGAAACCUUCUCCUUCAUUGCCUCCUCCUCCAUUUUACCUGAAUUGUAACACUAGAAGGAAUGAAAAGGAAGGCACAUUAGGAAAAACACAAUUCAGUUUCCCACCACUCAAGAUUCAGGAUUCAUCAGACUCAGGCAAAAAAGCAUACACUGAGUCACUGCAUGGUUACACGUUAAGCAACUCAAAAGGACCAGUACAACCCAUAGCACAGGAAGAAGAGAAAGGUGAACUCAGAAUAGAUACGGAAGACAAAAUGCUUCCCAAAUGUACGGACCUGAAGGCAAAGCAAUUACUACUCUCAGAGAAACUCAAUACCGAAAAAUUGCAGUGGAAAAGUAAAGAACAAAAAAGAAACAUUCAGCAAGAUAAAAAUAAACAAGUUACGGGUCUGACAAGCAUGAAUACUUCUUUACUUACUCCACCUUAUCUUAAGUUUGAUACAGUAGAAGGAGAAGAGAAGGUGAUAAGAAUUACAAAAGUAUCUCUCCCACAGUCACAGUCCAAGGACUCAUCAGAUGCAGGGAGAAUAGCAUGUCCAGAAGCAACCCAUGGAGAACUUUCAAGUAAUGUAAAGCAAUUAAAAGCACACCUGCUACGGAAAGAAGAGAAGGAUAGAGAAAAAGUUGUGGAUAUGACCAGUGUACUGGAUCCCAACAAAAUGUAUUUGAAGGCAAAGAAAUUGCCUGUCUUACAUACACACAGUUCAAGUGGUCUUCAGUGGAAAACUAGAGAGCAAGAGGAGGAAAAGGUCCAGAAAGUUAAAAGUGGGCCAGGAGUCAUGUUGUCUAAGAGUCCUUCUAGAUCCUCCCCACUUCACCUUAACAUGAGUGCUGGGUUCCAGGAGGAAAGCAUACCGAUAUUAACAAGAUCCUCUUUUCUCCUAGUAAAACUCCAGGUAUCACCAGCUACUGAGGGAGGCACAUAUAUAAGGCCAAUUGCUAGUGGUAUUUUAAUCUUUCUAGAAAAAGGAAAACAUGUGUCGCAGAACAAGGAAGAGGAUGAUGUGCAAAUAGUAAACAUCGUAAUAUUCCCCAAACAUCAGGAAGAGAAGACGCAGGAAUGUGAAGCUGAACCAGGUGCGGUUCUGACCAAAUCCACUUCAUUGCCAUCCCUAUCUCAACUGGAAUUGGAUGAAGAAACACAUUUAGAUAAUGAAAUGCUAAGCCUUAAAAGACCUAUUUUGCAGAGAAUAUCACACAUAGGGGAGACUGUACAUGGAGAGUCCAUUGUUGGUGAUAUCUCAAAAGAUGUUAAAAAUGAAAAGCAACAUAUCCCUCAAAAAGAACAGAAGAACCAAGAAAAAAUAAUCGAUAUGAGAGGCACAGAUAUAACUUUGAAGUCAAAGAAGUCACCUCGUUCCUGUAUCCUCCACAGAACAGAACUGCACGUGAACUUUGGAGGGCAAGGACGAAAGGAACAUAAAGGUCAAGAUAAACCACCAGGUAUGAUUCAAAGAAAACACUGCAUACUCUUUUCCAAACCAUUGCCAUCUAACCUUAAACUGGAGAGAGCUACGCAUGCAGAUGAAGAGAGGCUUGGAGGUCAGACAUCCUUUUUACUUCCACUAAUGCCAUCAGCAUUACCAGAUACAGAGAAAACAGCAGAUGCAGAGGCAAGGAGUGGUGAUGUAAGAAAAGAAAAACCACAUAGGUCACAGAAAGAAAACAGGCAUGAAGUGAAAAGGAUAGAUAUGAGGGUCAGGAUACACUGCCAAGAGCCAAGGAUUUCACCAAUGUCACAUAUCCUUAAUGCAAAGGAAUUAGUGUUGAAUAUUAACAAACUGGAGAAAAAAGUACACAAAGAUAAAGAUGAAGCAUGUGUGGUUCUGUCAAGGACUUUUCUUUCUGUAUCAUCAGCACCUCCUCUUUAUCUGGAUUCAGGGAACAAAAUAGACAAAGACACACCAGGAAUUACAGGAUCAUCUUGUCCACAGCGAAAUCUCCAGGUACCCUCAAAUACCCAGAAAAUAGCAAAUAGAGACUCAGUUGAAGGUGAUGAUAAAAACAUUGUUAAGCAAACAGAACAGUAUGUGCCCCGCCCAGAGGCAGAGCAACAGUGGACGGCAAACUUCAUGAUCAGUAUCCAGCAAAGGAACGAACCUUCACAAGUCAGGUCAGAAGGAGAUUUGAAUCGGUUAGUUUUAAAUUCAGAGGAUGAGGACAUUUAUUUCACAGGGUUUGGUACCAUAAGAAGUGGGAAAAGGCUAGAACGGCUCUUUACAGGGAAAAAGACUCAGCAAGAAACUGAAAUAAUGGAUAACUUAAACCAUAAAAUCAGUCCUAAGGUUUCAGUCUCACUGCUAAGGAAAAUAUCUGAGGAACUGUAUGUCACAUUUGGCACCCCUACAAGUUCAAAAGGAUUUUCUGUUUCAGAGAGAUAUGCUCACCAGCAAGAAACUUCAUCAAAACUAUCUCCAGAACUUGCAGGUUCAUGUAAAUUUGAUAAGCCAGGGAAAGAUGUACAAAGUAAUGAAAAAAUCAGCAAAAUGUUUUCUCCCAAAGUGUUAGCACCACAGACAAAGGGAUCACUCAAAAAAAUAAGUAUCAUCAUCAGUUGGAAUGCUCCCCAAAAUAUAGAAGAACAAGAUAUUGUCCUGAAAAAGCAAGUGAUCCAACGGUGUGAACGUGGACGCAAGACCAGGCCAAACGCUAUCCUUUCUCUUAAGUUUCCACUUCAAAGUGGAAAGCAGAAGACACUAUCAGAAACAGAUGUGGACAAGAAAACAACAGCACACCCCAGCCUACAGAUGCUACCAGGAAUACACAUGGAUAUGACAGAGAUUGACCGUGCAAAAGGGGGAAAGGAUCCGGCAUUGCUCAUUUCAGAACAAGAGGAAGGUGAUCUGGAAUUGCUUCCGAAGUCCCUAUUCCCUCCCUGGACUUUUCCAUUUCAAUCAGGAGAUCUGAAGGAAAAAGAUCAAACAGACGCAAACACCAAUAUAAAUCUAGAGCAUAAAAGAAUAGAAAUGGACAAUGAUACUACUGUGAAUCAGAAAGAAGGGAAAUUAAAAAUAGGUGCAAACAGAGCUUUACAUCUGGAAGAAGAGAAAACAGAGAUGCACAAGGCCAGGACUGCCAAUCUGGAGAAGAAGAGAGGAAGAAUGGACACAAGCAGUAGUGCACACCUGCAUCUUCCAUCUCUAAAGGCAGAGGAAUCUCAAAUGAAGACUCAGGCCAUCACCGAAAGGGAGAAUAGCCACCUAACCAUGCAAAAGCAGAAAAAAGAACUAGAAGCAUCUAAUGCAAAACAAAGCAUUCAACUACAAAACUUAUUUCAAAGAAAUGUUCUGGAUUCAUUUUAUUCAUAUGUUCCUCUUUCUCCCAAAUGUAAAGACCAGAAAGGCAGAUUAACAAUAAGAGAUCUGAAAAGAGAAUUGAGCACCAAAUAUUUAACUAUGAAAAUCCAGAAUCACCCAAUUCCACAGAUGCUUAAUAUCACAGGGCGUGGUACACCAAGCAAUAGAAAGAAAUUAGAGUAUGAUGUUAAGCUAAAGAACAUGGUUUCCUGGAGUAAGGAUAUCUCAGGAAUAUUUAUCAGAAGUCUUUCUAUUUCCAUGAUGCGUUCACCUCACGCUGACUCUAAGACAAACCGAGAAAGAGAAAAGAGAAUCUGUCUUUCUAAAUUCCAGGAAAAAUCACCAAACACCAAAUUCCAGGAAAUGUUUAAGAGAGACACUUUAACAAUUGUAAAACGGGAACAGAAUUUUACAAACACAGUUCCACAAGAUCCCCAGCCCUUUGCAGUGGACAAACAACAAAUGCAGAAACUUUAUAAUGUCAAAUCAGAAGCAAACCUCAGAAGUGAAAUGAAUAAAAAGUACUUAAAGGCACAAACAAAAGAACAGAUUGUUCCAGGGCAUGAUGUCUCAAGGAUCAUUAAAAAACCAGACUUACGUAUCAUCAAGCAGGAAGAAAAGAUUCCAAAACGCAUUCUGACACCCACAGAGUGUCCAUCUAUGCUUGAAGAUCCAAAGUUACCCAAGCAAAGGGAUCAGAGUGAACCAGUAUGGGAUAUGAGCACACAAAAGGUUCAGCAACAAAAAGCUUUCCUAGGAACUGUGCCCAUACCGCCUCAAGUUAAAAGUAAUGAAGUCAAAAUAGUUGCAGACAGUACAAAUGCAGAACAUUUACUUCCCAUUUGUGAAGCAAACAAAGAUAUCUCUCAAUCCCAGGUUAAAAAUAUGAUCCAAGACAAAGUUUCUUCUGAUAAACUGGAUAACAUACAAGCCUAUAAGCCUGACGACUUGAAGUCACCACCUUUUCCAGAGGGUCCAGAUACAAUAUCAACAGCAAUAUAUCCCAAACUGCAGCACAAACCCCUUUUAGAACAGUUUACUCCCAAAGAAAGAAAUAAGCUUACUAAACAUUUAGAGUCAAAAGCACUUGAAAUACAACUGAAUCUGAUACCAGAGAUGGCAAGAAAAUCUUUACAAAUGUUCAACUUUUAUCCAAAAGGGACUAUUUUAAAAGAUAACAGUUGGAGGUUCUAUUCGAGACAUAAAACAAUGAGCUUUAUGUCUCUAGAAGGGACUGACACCAUAGAACCUAACUCAAAACAUAAAUACCAAAAUGAUUCACCUCUUGUCAGCAGUAUGAAGACACUGACUGUUGAUGUUUCAAGUGGUGGUGAGGAGACAAUCACAAAGCCACAGAGUAUUAAUAAGCUAGAAAAUGGAACAUCUUCAGUGACUUCUGCUAGUGAGAUGCUAUUGCCUCAUACCCUCCAAAAGCACUCAGUAAAAGAAAAAGGCAAACUCCUCAUGCACUUUUCUGUGAAAACAUUGGAGAUACAAAUGAAAGCCUUUCCCAGAAUUGUAAGAGAAUCUUAUGCAAUGACCAGUGCUCGUGAGAGAAAGAAACCCUUAUCUAACUGUAUUCAUCCUGGUUUCACAGGACCAAAACGACAAAACAGAAUAUUGUUACUUUUUGAGGAAAAGUCUCUCCAUCAAAUAGAUCUUGAUUUACAAUACAAAUACCUUCGUUUUCUCCUAGGGCUUCCUGUUGGAAGUACGUUCCCUAAGCCAAAUUUACUUCCCAAACAUAAUAAGUUAAACACAAUUGCAAUGUGUAAAAAAGUAGAUGCUGGUGGAGAAAGUGGUAAUCUUUCCAUUGAUACAGAACUGUUAGAACAACAUAUUUCUUUCAAAAAGCAAAGUCCCCAUGAAAACUCAUCACUCAUCGGAAAAUUCCCAGAGCCAACCCUUGUGUGUGCUUCUGACCAUGAUCUGCACAGUCCGAGGAAGAAAGAUCCUCAAGUUCUUUCAGAGUCAGAAUUCCAUGUGACUUCAGAAAAAAACAAACAAUAUCACGUAUGGUUUCAAGAAAGGAAUACAUAUGAAUCUGUUGAUUUAAGGACCCAGAGAAAUGCUACUGGUUCAGCUGUUUCACAUGAAACUCAGAUUUCUGAAGAUUUUAUUGAUAUUCAGACAGAUAUUGAGAGUCCAGCUGACUUGGACAAAUGUUCAUGUCUUGAAGUAAGUGAGAGUGAGGAAUGUAUGUUUCUGGAAGCCAACACUUAUUUAAGUCAGGAAUCAGAAAACAUUCUAUUUGAAUUACAGACAGGCAUUCCUUUGGAAAAUCUCUACAAAAUCACAACUGAUUUGAAGUCAUUUUACAGUGAAGAUUCAGGUUCCCAUUGUACUAGAGAAUGCAGAAAGGAAACCUUAAUUAUUACAUCACCUUCCUGUAAGUCCCACAAAAGCAGGAAAUACAGAUCAUCUUUCAAAAUGAAAUCUCCUGACUGGUUGUGUCAUAGUUCAUUAAAUACUGUGGAAAUUGAGUCUAGGUCAUCUAGUGUAUCAUUCAGUGAAGAGAAACUUCCAUGGACUAGCAAGAGCAGAACAAGUUACUCUUUAGCUUCCUUAACUGAAUCAAAUAUUAAAUUACAUCUUGCAAAAAAACAAGGCACGUCUCACAUGCACCCAGAAAGCAAAGAAAGAAAGAAGGCCAGAUCUGAUUUAUUUAGGAAGAACAACAGUCAUUGGGACCACAAUUACAGUUAUACACACAGUAAAGAGAAACAUGACAGGAAGAAGAGAGUGUAUGAUUAUGACUCAGAAAGACUGGAUUGUUUCCAAAGCAAACAUAAAUCAACAUCAAAACCUCAUCACAACGAUAUCAACUUCUAUUCUGAAAGAAAACAAAAUCAGCCCUUUUUUUAUGCCUGUGUACCAGCAGACUCACUGGAGGUUAUACCCAAAACCAUUCGCUGGACUAUUCACCCUGCAACCUUAAAGAAAAGAAACUUCAGAGUUCCCCUAGUGGCAAAGAUUUCAAGUUCUUGGAAUAUAUGGAGUUCCUCAAAAAAGUUGCUGGGGUCGCUCUCGGGGUCCCUUACUACAGUUUUUCGCAACUGACAUUACCAUAGCUAAACUCCUCUGAAGUCGACAGCUGGUCGCUAUUGUGAUAUUCUGUUAAUAAAAUCAUAUAAUGUCCAAU